AUGUCGACCACCACCGAGAUCCUAUUUAACUCUCCCGCCCUCCACUCGUUAAAGCGGGAUCAACUAGUCAAACUAUGCAAAGUCCAUCAGCUCAAGGCCAACGGAAAGAACGUAGACCUUGUCGAGCGGCUCAAGAACCAUGCAUUGACACUUCCCAACGAUAAUCCUCUUAGCGUAGCCCUUCGAAGCGAGCAGAAUGAGGAGGCCGGCGUUGAGAUGCAGGAGGACAAGCGGCCUAGGCCCAGCUCUCAAUGGGAGAUCGUUAUGGACAGCAUUAUUGAGGAAGACGAAGACAGUUCGAGCUCACAAGGCACCCUGACCUCGCUCAAGAGUAGCUCGACCCUUACAAGCGAAUUUGGAACAGGCAGCACCGGCUCUAAGACGACAGUUGGUUCUUCCAUUCGUGCUUUUGCCUCCUCUUUGGGGCUAAAACGCCACGCCACCACCUCUACCGUCUCCUCACAAACAAAGCUCAUCUCGUCCUUUCCUCUGCCACCCUCAAACGACGAGUUGAUGAAGAACUCUAUUCCAUACGACUCUUUACCCCUUGCAUCUGUGAACGACCUCCAAACCGACCACUUCACAUUCGACACCGCCGACCCGGCUGUUGUUCAAGCACACCUUAAUCCUAGCCUCGGGACCGCGCCACUGCCAGGUCACUCCCUUCGUCCAGGAAUGCCUGCUCCAAUAAAUGCACGCCUGAGUCUUGGCCUCGCUCCACGCACUCCCAGCAAACAAGGACCUACAACUACUCUGCGCCUCGUUUCCAAUCCUGGUGGGGGUUCCAGUUUUGCAUCUACACUUCCUCCAGCUGGGGAUACACCCAUCCUGAAGCCCUUCAAAACUACCUUUGACCUUGACAUGGGAAGUCCUGGCGACACCACACCCGCCUUUCCCGUUUCCCUCUACCCCGCUCUCCCGGUCUCUCCACCAGAGGAUGCUGUCGAGCGACGCAUAAGUCUCGAAGCUGACCGUCGCAUCAACCCUGCAUUCGCCAUCGAGGAAGUGGACGCGCCAAUGCCUGGUGCAUUUGAUGCCACCCCACCACGCACUACUGCGCCGUUUGUGUUUGGGUCGCCGUCGCCACAACCUGUGCCAUUCAAUUUCAAGAUGCCCAGUCCAGAUGCGGCCAGAACAGCACAAAUCGAGGCUGAUGUGCUAGAAGAGCUGAAUCGUCGUGCAUUUGGCGGAGAAGCGCCGCCCGUAAUUCCGCCCAGAGAGAUCCGCCCACUGCCUGGCAGUGCGAAGAAGAGCGGGAUCACGAAGCCCGCCGGCCGUUUCGACAAGGUGCACGAGAGGAUGGAAAGCAAGAUGGAGAGUAUUGUGGACACUGCAGCAAGGAGGGAAAAUCUGAAACGCAAAUCCAGUGCAACGAGCAUGAAGCCCAGUGCUGAUGGGGAAGAAGGACGCGGGAAGCGUGUUCGUGUUGACGAGGCGCGUACCAAUGGCGAGGAAGCUACUAAGGAAGAGAAGAGAAGGGCGGCAGAAGAAGAAGCGCUCCGGAAGAAAAAAGAGGUUCUUCGUGCCAGACGACGCAGUAGUGCUGCUGCAGGAGGUGUUAGGCGUAAGAGUGGUCGCGUUAGUGGAGCUGGAGUGCUUGUCAAGCCAAAGCCCGGGGUACAACGUGGUCGAUUUGGAUUCCUUUCAGGGGCAGCAAAGUUCGUUUCAGGUGUCUGGGGAGGCGGCGCAAAGAAACCGGCUCCUGCGCCAGUGGUGAAUAAGCCGCCAGCAAUCAAACCUCCAUCCGCUCAGCCUACAGCUGGGCCUAGUAGAAUAUCAGUGGCUCCACCCAUCCACGUGACCGCUACCACCACAGAUGCGAAAAGUCUCCGGGCUCCGUCUGUUCGCAGCAUGGCUACGGCCACCAGCUCCCGCAGUACCUCUGCAAGCCGUGCUCGCUCUCCCCUUCCUCCAGCAUUUGUCGGGACAACCAAAUCCACAACUACCACUGUUUCUUCAACUCGGACUCGCAAUUCUUCUGUCGCCGGUGCUUCUUCAGUUGGAACACGCUCGACUCGGUCUUCAUUACAGGCCGGGUCACUUGGUACUCGCGGUAGUCUAUCUUCAAAUGCCGAUUCGUCUCGGAAAGCCCGAUCAUCGUCUUCUUCGUCUCGACUCCUGGCUCCGACAGCAAGCUCAUUAGCCAAACGCGCCACUGCAUCACCGUCCCUGUCACCUGCGCCAGAGAGUCUGCCCUCUGUGGCGGAACAGAGCACCAGCGUGUUGGAUCCGAUUACCAACACCGAAGGAAGGCCGUCUGCCCCCAAACUGGGCAAAGGCAAAGUUACACUUGCUGCUCGAAAACCGCGUAUCUCGCGGUCCCGCGUCAUAGCCAAGCUUGCGUCCCAACGCGUUGCUUCCGGGUCUUCAAUCGCUUCUACUUCCUCGCAAGCGUCGGCGCGGAAGAGUUUGGGUCCGAUUGCCCCCAGGACGCGAUCGAGUCUUGGAGCGAAGGUGCAACGGGGAAGCCUGGGAGGCAUGAAGAACCAGGUGAGCGGGCUGGGUCCCGUCAACAUGGAUGCCAAACGCCGGGCGAGGCAGAGCGAAUAUUAUGCGAGGAGACGGAGCAAUGUGAAAAACGUGAAUGCGAUGGCGGUGGACGCUUGA